UCUGUACUCUUUUCAGCUCUAGUCUGAGUUUGUGAAGGAGCUGGACUUUUAGUACCUCAUCUCUGACUUUGAAGAAAAAGGCAAGAAAGAAAAACCUCUAAUCUAUUCUCUUGAAGAAUCUACUCUGCAUCUUUGAAGUGCUGUUAUGGCAGAAGACGUAGGAGCAGCAGCUGGAGUUAUUGGGGCAGCAACAGCAGUCGGUGGUGCAAUUGGUGAAAUUGCUCCCACACAUCGCCAGUGCACCAUUGAGAUUAGAAAUGAAUGCAAGGACUUCGGCCUUUGUAAUCCCAGGAUGUUCAUUGACAGUGGAGGCUGUGCCAUACCUCUGCUACCUUUCAUAAGGCCUUCCAAAUCUGACGUGGCACAGUUUGUCAAGACUCCAAACACAGCACGUGGAUCUGUCGGCGUCUUCACUUAUGAUCUCCUGAAGACGGAUGCAGACCAGCCCACUGAGAAGAUAGCUGUCAUGUUCUCUGUGCCCUAUGACUUUGAUGUGUAUUCAAAUCUGUACGCAGUGGGAAUCUUUGAAACCGGCAGAGAGUGUAAUUAUGAUCUUUAUUAUGAGAUGUAUAAUAACACAGACAGCUCAUUUGUCAGAGGUGAAGCAAAGGACCCAGGACUGAUUUAUAAGGGUGAUCAUGUGACACUCAUGGCUACAAUGUCAGACUCUUACCAACCUGUCAUUAAACUGCAAAUCAUGACUAAAAUGUAACAUGUCAAUCAAUUAAUUGACUCAUUUGUGUAUUUUACCAGGAUUGUGUGGUCAUUUUACACAUGAUUACACAGAUGGUUUUAGGCUGUCAGAGUAACAAACUGAUCUGGAAAAAUCAAAACAUUGUUCCAAUGCGUUUAAUAUCUGUAGGCUGACUGGUUGCUUUUUGCAUUUAUAAUCAUAUAUAUUGAAAUGCAGCAUUUUGAAUGCUUCUCCUCUUUAGCACCAAAAAUAAAGCAGAUAAUACUGAUAUCAAUCUGGGUUUAAAGCUCUAUGUGAAAUUUGGCUCAAGGACAAUCUGAACAAAAGGUAACAGUUUGCAGUUUACACCACAGAUUUAGAACAGGCAAUAAUGAGGGUCUAAAGUUGGGUCUCAACAUAAGUUUUGCUUUGUGUUUUGUUGUGUUUUGGCUG